UAACACCACACAUCUUUUUGGUUGCUACAUACAGAGCCCCACCAUCCCCCCUUUCUUCAUCCAACCAAAUUACCUUUUCCUUCUUCCGCAUUCCAUCAUCGUUCAUUCAUUCAUUCCCCAACUAUGAACAAACUCAAGAUUUCUCACCACUUCUUCCUACUCUUCUUCUUCUCAUAGGAAUUUCAUCAAACACUUUGUUUACACUCUUUAUCUUCUUCACCACACUCACUUCAAUUCAAUGGCCACCACUUCUCUCUUACUACCCCAACCUUCUCUCUUCCCGCCUUCUUCUUCUUCUUCAUCUUCCUCUUCUUCUUUCUUCGGUGGGACCCACCUUCGGUCCCACAAGAACUUUGUCUCUCUUUCUUGUUCAUCUUCUUCUUUUUCUUCUUCCAAAUUCGAUACAAGUAGAUUCUCUUCGGGUCGGUUUAGGACAGUGGUUAAUGCUUCUGGGGACUACUAUGCCACUCUUGGGGUCCCCAAGUCUGCUAGUAGCAAAGAAAUCAAGGCAGCUUAUCGAAAAUUAGCUCGCCAGUACCACCCUGAUGUCAAUAAGCAACCUGGAGCAACGGAAAAGUUUAAAGAGAUUAGUGCUGCAUAUGAGGUGCUAUCAGAUGAUAAAAAGAGGGCUUUGUAUGAUCAAUAUGGUGAAGCUGGAGUUAAGAGCACAGUGGGCGGACCAUCAAAUGCUUACACGACCAAUCCUUUUGAUUUAUUUGAAACAUUUUUUGGUCCAAGCAUGGGUGGAUUUAGUGGUAUGGACCCAGCUGGAUUCAGAACACGCCGUCGUAGUACCGUCACUAAGGGUGAAGAUAUACGUUAUGAUAUCAUCUUAGAAUUUUCUGAGGCUAUUUUUGGUUCGGAAAAAGAAUUUGAGCUUUCCCAUCUGGAAACAUGUGAAGUUUGUACUGGUACUGGAGCAAAGAUAGGCUCCAAGAAGAGGAUAUGCUCAACUUGUGGUGGGAGGGGUCAAGUAAUGAGAACUGAGCAAACACCUUUUGGCAUGUUUUCACAGGUUUCUGUAUGUCCAAAUUGUGGUGGGGAGGGUGAAGUUAUUUCUGAAUACUGUCGGAAAUGCUCGGGUGAAGGACGUAUACGUGUUAAGAAAAAUAUCAAAGUUAAAGUUCCUCCCGGAGUUAGUGUGGGCAGUAUCCUUAGAGUCGCUGGAGAGGGUGAUGCCGGACCAAGAGGCAGUGGUCCUCCUGGGGAUCUUUAUGUAUACCUUGAUGUUGAAGAGAUAUCAGGAAUUCAAAGAGAUGGCAUAAAUCUCUCCUCAACAGUAUCUAUCAGUUAUCUAGAUGCCAUAUUGGGGGCGGUUGUUAAGGUAAAGACAGUUGAGGGAGUUACUGAAUUACAAAUUCCACCAGGUACCCAACCUGGGGAUGUGCUUGUCCUGGCAAAGAAAGGUGCACCAAAACUGAAUAAACCGUCGAUCCGUGGUGACCACUUAUUUACAGUUAAAGUUACUAUACCAAAUCGUGUCAGUGCCAAGGAGCGUGAAUUGCUUGAAGAACUGGCUUUGAUGAAGACCACUACCAGCAGCCGUUCACGAACUCGUCCUAAAACUCAGUCACCACUUAAAAGUAGAGAAUAUCAGGAGGAAAAUGUUGCAGAAAAAAAGGAAGAAUCAGUAGACCAAAAUGAUGUAUGGAAUAAGUUAAAAGAGUUUGCUGGGUCUGUUGCAAAUGGAACUCUAAGAUGGCUGAAAGACAAUCUCUAGUCUUGAUACAUCUUAUUAGGUUUGGUCCAAACUCACUGACGCUUGUCUUGUGAACCAACCAAAUUGGGCUCAUUUUUCUACCUCCCAAAGAACCAUCCAGUUAUUUGCUCCAUAUCUUAUCAAAACAUAUCCGCAUUGUACAACAGAGAUAAAAUUUCACUCUAGUGGAUAUUCUUUUAUUGGUUUUACUUGUAAUUUUUUGUUAUUUGGAAAAUUAAUAAGAAUUGGAUCUGUAUCUUAUGAGUUGGUUAGGGUAGCAAAAUCUAGGAAAUGAAGUUCAAAAUUGAAAGUACAUGUUCAAAUUCAUUUGGAAUUCAGUGUCAAUCUAAGCAAGAUCCUCUUGCAUCAGUUAAGGUUA